CUGGUUUGCGUUAUCUCUAUAGGAAUUGUCAAGCAGAAAUUCCAACAGCAGAGCUCCCAAGUGACUGGCAUUCAGCAGGGCCAGAAAGUACAUCCUGUCUCACUGGAAUAACAGAAGGGGGCCUUCUGAAAGACACUGGUUGAAAAGACUUGAUGCGUGUGCUCUUCUGGAAAAGAGAACCUACAGAAUUAGAGGGUCAACUAAAAUGCUUGACAAGAAUGAAGAUAAAUGCAAAGAUGGCAUGUCCAAGGAAUUUUAAAAGGUGUAGACCUCCUGAUUGAAGAUUGUUGUGUAUCUUAUUCUGUUUAACUAGUAAAUUGCUGCUGUCCUACAGGUGAAAGUCAUGAUUACGCUAACUGAACUCAGAUAUUUAGCAGACGCUCAGUCAUCCUACCACAUAUUAAAACCAUGGUGGGAUGUCUUCUGGUAUUACCUCACCAUGAUUAUGCUGCUGGUUGCUGUACUAGCCGGGGCUCUCCAGCUCACUCAAACUAGAGUGUUGUGUUGUCUUCCUUGUAAGCUAGAAUUUGACAGUCGUUGUGCAGUGCCUUGGGAUUUGGUUAAAACCAACCUUAACGUGUCCUCUAGCUCUGCCACACAAAUAAUUCUCCCUUCGAGAAUCCAGAAUGAUCUUCAUCGGCAGCAAUAUUCCUACAUUGACGCAGUGUGUUAUGAGAGACAGCUUCAUUGGUUUGCCAAAUUUUUCCCAUACCUAGUGCUUCUGCAUACUUUCAUUUUUGCAGCUUGCAGUAACUUUUGGCUCUACUAUCCUAGCACAAGUUCAAGGCUUGAGCACUUUGUAGCCAUUCUUCACAAGUGUUUUGAUUCUCCAUGGACAACACGAGCCCUCUCAGAAACAGUUGCUGAGCAGUCUGUGAAGAGUCUGCCACUAUCCAAAUCCAAAAUAUUGCUUUCAUCACCUGGGAGUCAAACGGAUACAGAGGCAAACAGGCAGUCUCUGCCAUACACACAGCCUGGUUUAGAAACAACUGGAAGAGAGAAUUCUUCGAGUGUUCUAGACAAAAAAGAAGGGGAACAAGCUAAAGCUAUAUUUGAAAAAGUGAAAAGAUUCAGAGUACAUGUUGAAGAGAAGGAUGUCAUAUAUAGAGUGUACAUGAAACAGAUUAUAAUCAAAGUAAUUGUAUUUAUAAUAAUAAUGAUUUAUGUCUCCUAUUAUUUAACUUUUAUUACACUUGAAAUUGAUUGUGUAAUUGAUGUUCAAGCCUUUACAGGUUACAAAAGGUACCAAUGUGUUUAUACCCUCGCAGAAAUUUUUAAAAUAUUAGCUUCAUUUUAUGUUGUUUUAGUGACCUUCUAUGGCCUGACCUGCACGUACAGUUUGUGGUGGAUGUUGAGAAGUUCACUUAAGCAAUAUUCUUUUGAAAAGUUAAGAGAGAAAAGCAAUUACAGUGAUAUCCCUGAUGUAAAGAAUGACUUCGCAUUUAUUCUUCACUUGGCAGAUCAGUAUGAUCCACUUUAUUCACAACGAUUCUCAAUAUUUCUGUCUGAUUUGAGUGAAAACAGACUGAAACAGAUAAAUCUUAACAAUAAAUGGUCAGUGGAAAAACUGAAAAAUAAACUAAUAAGAAAUUCCCAGGACAAGAUCGAACUUCAGCUUUUCAUGCUAAAUGGUCUUCCAGACAGUGUCUUUGAACUGACUGAAAUAGAAGUUCUAAGCUUGGAACUCAUUCCUGAAGCCAAGCUUCCGUCAAUAGUGACUCAGCUAGUCAAUCUCAAAGAAAUUAAUAUUUAUCAUUCAUCAUUAACUGUGGAUUACCCAGCACUAAACUUUCUAGAAGAAAAUCUGAAAACAUUGCGUCUAAAAUCCAGUGAAAUCGGAAGGAUUCCACUUUGGGUCUUUCAUCUAAAAAAUCUCAAGGAAUUGUGUUUAACAGGAUGUUUUUUGCUAGAUUACCACAACUCUAUAUACAAUGAAGGUUUUCAGGAUCUAAAGAAUCUGAGAACAAUUUACUUAAAGAACAGCCUUUCCCGUAUACCUCAGGUGGUUACAGACCUAUUGCCUUCACUGCAAAACUUAUCUAUCAAUAAUGAGGGAAAUAAACUGGUCGUACUAAACAACUUGAAAAAAUUGGUAAACCUGAGAACCUUGGAGUUGAUCUCCUGUGAUUUAGAGCGCAUUCCACAUUCUAUUUUCACCCUAAACAAUUUGCAUGAAAUAGAUUUAAAAGAGAAUAAUCUCAGAACAGUGGAAGAAAUAAUGAGCUUUCAACAUCUCAAGAACCUAUCUUGCUUAAAAUUGUGGCACAACACCAUUUCAUAUGUCCCUGCGCAGAUCGGUGCAUUAUCAAACCUGGAACAACUGUACUUAAAUUACAAUAACAUUAAAAAUGUUCCACUGCAGCUAUUUCUUUGUAAAAAGCUACACUAUUUGGAUCUUAGCUAUAACAAGCUAACGUCUAUUCCGGAAGAAAUCAGUUAUUUGACAAAUCUGCAGUACUUCGCUCUGACAAAAAACCAUAUUGAGAUACUGCCAGAUGGAUUAUUUCAGUGCAAAAAGCUGCAAUGUUUACUUCUGGGACAUAACAGCCUGACGAGUUUGUCUCCUCGUGUUGGCCAACUGUUGAACCUUGUUCAGCUAGAGCUGAUUGGGAACUACCUUGAAUCGCUUCCUGCUGAACUAGAAGAAUGUCAGUCUCUGAAACGGAGUUGUCUAAUUGUAGAAGAAAGGUUGUUAAAAACGCUUCCACCUUGUGUGAGAGAGAGCUUGCAGACUUGCUUGGAUAAAUGUUAAAUGAGAUGAGACUCUGUACAUCAACAAAUCCUUUAGGCCUUUGACUUACUAUCUGUGUAAAGAUCGGUGUAAGUGGAAAGAAGGAAAGAGAGGUAACAAAUGGUUUACAAUUCAGGUCUAAAUCUACCCGUAUUGCCCUGAGUCUUGUUUAUAAGAAAAGGAAAAAAUUGCAUUUGUCUUAAAACAAGCAAACAAAAGUGUAGACUUAGCAGACAGACAUACAUUUGUGAAUAACCUGAUAUGUAAGUGAUUGGGUUCUACUGGCUGAUGUGCUUUCAGUAAUAAAUGUUUACGGUCACGAGUGUUGGGAUGGAAGAGUUGGUUGCUUGGCUGUAGAGUAUCUCAUUUUUUCAUGGAAAAUUUUAUUUCUUCUGAAAACAAUAAUUUUAAAUGGCUUAAUCGUAUGUUGUAUUGGGAGCAAGGAUUACCUAGGUUUGUUUUUUCAGACAUAUACUCACUGCUGACUUGGAGUAGCAUGUGUUAAGUUAGGACUAUCCUAUUUAAAAUAACAUAAUUAACUGGUUCAUCAUGCGUUUUGAAAAUCAUUUUACAAUGUAAUUUUACAGUUUUAAUGUUUUUUUUUCAUGUGACAAAAGUGUUGAACGUUAAACUUGUAACUUUGGAAGAUGCCACUUGACUCUUUUUAUUAAAACAGUUGGACAAGUAUUCUACACACCCUU